AUGCGGCCCUCUCCCCUGACGGCUAGCACUAUUCCAGACAUGCCGUUGGAGAUCGUCGAUCGCAUACGCUCCUUUCCCCUCUUCAUGUCCGCCCCCGAGGACUUUCUGGUGGCCAUCGGCGCCCAUUUAAGGCCUCAAGUCCACUCCGCCCACGACCAUAUCCUGACCGAGGGAGACGACGCCAAAGCAAUGUAUUGGUUAGUACGCGGCGUCGUCGGCGUCACCUCGCGUGAUGGCGAGGCUGUCUAUGCCGAACUCAAACCUGGCGCCUUCUUUGGCGAGAUCGGUGUGCUCAUGGACAUUCCCCGCACAGCUACCAUCAUUGCGCGAACAAAAUGUCUUCUCGUCGUUUUGAAGAAGGAGGACCUCCAUGCCGAGCUGCCCAAGUAUCCGGAGAUGGAGCAGGCCAUCCGACAGGAGGCGCAAGAACGACUCAACAUUUUGAAGAAGAAACAGCAAGACCGGGGUCAUGCUGCCAAAGUGCCUGACAGUAAUACGGCAAAGUUGGCGCGCGAGGCAGCCCCCGGUGAAGUGUCUACUGGCGAGGUAGGCGUCAUCAGAGAAGGUGUUGUGGUCAACACUAAGAAACGGAAAUCACCAAGCCCAGGUGUAAUCGAAGACCCUGCGGUCGGUGGUAGUGCACUUGGAAGCGGCUUCGUUAACAUUCGAAAAACGCUGAAGGAACUACCCCUUUUCACCGAUCUCCCCGUCGACAUUCUUCACUUCCUCGGUCUCAGUGCCCAGCCUAAGACCUAUUCGCCAUUCACAGAUAUCGUGCGCCAGGGCAGUCCUGGAAAUGAGAUAUUCUUCAUCGUUCGAGGUGAAGCCGAGGUCAUCCAUGAAACGCCAAACGAGCCCACCAUUACCCGAACAACGCGCUCCUCCAUGCUGCGACCGCGACUGAAGCAAGGGCAGUAUUUUGGUGAGGUAGCAAGCCUGGGUCUAUCUCCUGGCAGGACAGCUACAGUGCGCUCGAUCACUACCGUUGAAUGCCUCAUGAUUGGUGGAGACGCCUUGGACGAGCUUUGGCGGCGCUGUCCACCGGCCAUCCGAUCCCAAGUCGAGGAAACGGCCAGAAAGCGAUACCAGAAAGGCUCCAUUGACACCUACAAGGCAAGUUCCGCCUGA